ACUAUAGUAGAGUGGAUCUGAAUGGAUCACUAAAUAUGCACGCUUGCAACACGAAGUCUUCCCGACUUCCCGGUGUACGUGUAUUAUUCAUAUAUUUUUAGAUUCAUGGAUUAUUCCAUUUAUUACCACCGAUGUAAACACGUGCCACCCCUUUAAAGUGGGAAGUCCAUAUUCUUUUUGUAAAUUAGAAAAUCAUGCUCUAACAUUUUGCAUAAAAUUACAUUUAUUUCUGAAAAAUUUCAUUAAAAAUCUAACAUAAAUAGUGCCUGUUAAUUUUGUUCCUUUUACGCUCAUAUUUAUUACUACAAUUCUAAGAUGAUAAACAAAACAUUGAUGUAAAAAAACGAUGUAAGUUUCAUGGAAAUUAUAGUAAGAAAGAAACGUAAAAUCCUUUCAAACUUUAUUUAAAAAAAUGUUAGUAUUGUGUAUUGUACAGAGUGAUCUUCAAGAUGCACGUAUAAAGAGCUUUUUUUGACAAUAUUAUACUACGAAAUUUUAUUUAUAUUGUGAAUCAUUUAAAUUAAAAAAUUUAAGAAAUAACAUUAUUACACUAUUAUGACAACGUAUAAUCUGAGCAAUUUAUGGCACUUCCAAUGAUAUAUAAUUUAAAUUGAAAGAAAAAGUAUAAUUAUCAAAAUGGAAGUGUGGUGGUUUUCUCGUGUGGUAGCUCAUUAUCCUUAUAGCAUUUUGACAGCAAUAUUCAUAUUUUCUUCAACAUGCUUGAUUGUUCCUUUGGCUGUCAAAAAGUUCCCAGAUUUUUCUGAUCCGCAACUAGGCUUUGAAGCAAGAGGCACUAUGUUAGCACAACGACUGAUUACUUGGCAAAAUUUAUUGGAAGCAAGUAAACCAAGAGGACAAUUGAUUGAUAAUCCUUUAGAAUAUUAUUAUUAUGUACAGCAACUAAAUCAACAGAAUUUACAGAACCCAGUUAACAUACAGAAUCAUACUUGGAUUAGCCAAGGUAUUGUUAGAAAGAAACCUAAGAAUAAAAGGAAAGGAGGGAAGAAAUAUCUAAAAGAAGUAACUGAUAACAAACAGAAAAUAGAUGAAGGCACAGUUAAGGACAAAUGGGAAGAGCUGAUGGAAUUAAAAAAUAAAAAUAGAUUAGAUAUAGUAAAAGAAUACAAAAAUGAAGAUUAUGUUGACAGUGAGAAUUUUUUUUGCAAUCUACCAUCUUCUGCCUAUGCAAGGGUGGUUAUUGGUAGAGAUUCUAAAAACACAAAUUUAUGGUCAAUGGAAGGUGUAUUAGCACAAUGCCAUAUUGAUGCAGAGAUUCGUUUAAAUUCUCACUUUCCAUCUUUAUGUCAAAUGCAAGGGGAACAUAACAAUGUGGCAGAGAAGUGUUGCAGAAGUUGGUCACCAGCAAAUUAUGUUGCAUUUUUAUCUAAUAGAAGUUCCUGCUUAGGAGUAACAGAAAAUGAUCUGAAUCGUGUAGAAAUUCUAUUACAAAGAUGUUCUUAUUUUUAUCAAAAUCAUCAUUUAACAUCGAAUUGUGCAGAAGAUUUAAAUUGUCAAAGGCAUGUCCCAGCUGAAUGUUAUGCACAUAAUGCAGUUUACCAUUUACUGCAUUAUUUAUUAGAUACUGACUUUGUUUUAAAGCAUAAACAAGACUCUCAGAAUCAAUUAAACUCAACAUUGAAAUAUGCAAUGAUAUUUUUGCCAAUAGCUGCAAGUUCAGCCACUUUAGAUUUUUAUAAAGAAUUAAACAAUGGUGGCUUAUCUUAUGGAAAAUUUUGUGUUAAAGGAAUGCAAUUAGGUUUAAAAAGUACAUUGUUUGAUCAAUUGUUGGUAUCAGAUUCUAUUCUGUUGCUUACUGGUUUUGCCUUUGUAACAAUUUGCAUAUGGGCAUAUACUAGUUCAUUGUUGUUAACUGUCACAACAAUUAUUGCAGUAAUUUUUAGUCUUGGCAUUUCAUAUGCUUUGUACACUUUGGUUUUACAUGUUAAGUUUUUCCCAUUCAUGAAUUUAUUAGCAAUCAUUGUUGCAGUAGGAAUAGGCGCAGAUGAUGCAUUUAUAUAUUGUAAAAUUUGGGAGAAAGGAAAAGGACAAAAGAUAUCAAACAAUGAAUUAGUUAAAUUAGUACAAGAAACUAUGAAACAUGCUGUUCCAUCUAUGUUUGUUACGUCUCUAACUACUGCAGUAGCAUUUUUCGCAUCAAUUGUUAGUAACGUUACUGCUAUCAAUUGCUUCAGUUUAUUUUCAGGAAUGACUAUUAUCGCUAAUUUCUUCUUGAUGAUUACUUGGCUACCAGCAUGUGUAAUUGUGUCAGAACGAUUUAGAUUAGGCGCUUUAUCUCCUGCACAUUUUAUAACUCGUAAAAUUAUCCGACCUUCACGAUUAUUUAAAGAUAAAAUAACAAACAAUUUUAACGCUACUCUUACAAAAACAGUUAUUAAUUUUCGAUGGUGCUGGCUACUAAGUUUGAGUAUCGUAGCAAUAAUAUGUUGCAUCAUUGUUUUUCAAUAUCCAGGCUUACAAUUGCCAGAUAGUGUUGAUUUCCAAUUAUUUGAUAGUUCUCAUCCGUUCGAAAAGUAUGAUUUAAUAUAUUCCCGAAAAUUCUGGUUUGAAAAGCACGAAUCAGUUGAUAACGGAGAUGUAUUGCCAUUAAGAUUUGUAUGGGGUGUAAAACCAAUUGACAAUGGUAAUUAUCUCGAUCCUGACUUAAUUGGUACACCAGAGUGGGACGAAUCUUUUGAUGUGUCUCAUCCAGAGUCGCAAUUAUGGCUUGAAAAAUUCUGUCACAAUUUAAGAGCUCAACCUUUCUACCGUGAGACCUUAGGACCAUUACUUCCUAAUUGUUUCAUCGAAUCGUUAAAUAAUUGGAUGCGGAGACGUUGCGAAGAUCCUAUUGAUUCUCGUAUUAAUUAUAUGCCAUGUUGUGAGAAAAGUAGAUUUCCAUAUAAUUCUACCGUUUUACAACGAUGUGCGGCCGAAGCUAAUGCAGAAUUAUAUCGUACACCUUCGCACUUAUGGGUUCGUAAUGGUGUCUCUGCUGGAUUAAAAUUUUUAAACGAACCAGUUCUCACCCAAUUACAAGUAUCGAAUGAAACGAAUUUGGUAACAAUGCCAACGCCAAAAAUUAAAGCUUUGGUCGUCGAAUACGACAGUGUAUAUAACUAUAGUCUUUCAUUUUCAAGUAUGGAUCAAUUUUUUCAUCAGGUUGAAGAUUGGAUGCAAGAUCAAUUAAAAAGUGCUCCAAUUGGGAUGCGUGGCGGAUGGUUUGUUAGUAGAUUGGAGUUCUAUGAAUUACAACGAACAUUGUACGAAGGUACACUUUGGGCAAUGGGGGUUUCGUUAACCCUAGCUCUUAUAGUAUUAGCUUUUGUAACAUUCAAUCCUCUUAUAAGUUUAUACGCGAUUGUAACAAUUGGCGCCGCAAUUAUAGUAACAAUUGCUGGCUUAAUUCUUCUUGGUUGGAAACUAAACGUUUUAGAAAGUGUUGCAGUAUCUACAGCUAUAGGUUUGGCUGUAGAUUUUAGCUUGCAUUAUGUAGUAAGUUAUAGGACAUGUGCUUCUAAAGAACGAGAGGAUAGAGUUAAAACAGCUCUCACACAAAUGGGUGGUCCAACUUUAAUGGCCUCCCUUACAAGUGGUGCUGCUGGUGCUCUUAUGUUACCUUCCUGUGUACUAGCUUAUAUACAAAUUGGUAUGUUUUUGUUACUUGUGAUGGGUAUAAGCUGGAUAUACGCUACCUUUUUUCUAUGCCCAGUAUUAGCAAUAAUAGGUCCGUCAUCUCAAUUUGCUCAGUUUCAAUACCCCAGAUUAAAUCUGUUACGGAAUUAUUUUGGUAAAAGAGAAUCUGGAAAUGUGCCUGAUGCAAAUACUGAUAAUAACAGAACUAGAAGAAAGAUUAAGGGAAGAGGAAUGUGGUCAGAAUCUACGUUAAGUACAUCUAGUACAGUAUGUCAAUUUCACUGUAACGAAAUAGAAACUUUUACUACAAGACAACCACAUUCACCAUCGUUACCUCCAUCUCCAACAUCAGCGUUACUUCAAUAAAGAGAAGGUCAAGUAAUAAAAUAUAUUUUAAAUGAGAAAUAACUAUAAUAUGAUAUAUGCUUCUGUAAAUGUUAAAUUGAAAAAUUUACUUUUUUAUAUAUAACUUAUAUUCUAUAUAGAGCUAUGAUCAUAUGCGACUAAUGUGUCAUUGGCUGUGUCGAAAUAGUUUAAGAUAAUUAUUUGUAUAUUUAUUAUUAACAUUCAUUGGGCUUCCUAUGUCAGUUAUGCCAGAUACAUGUACAUGUUUAUCCAUUGUGAUACGAGCGAGGCUUAAAGUGCCAAGUAUAUCGCAAAUUUUUUUAUAUUUUAUAAUAUCUUUGACUUUCAGUUUUUUAGAAGGUUGUAAACUGUAUUCUGUGUUUAUGACACAUAUUAUCGACAAAGUAUUAUACUAUUAGACUUGCAUUUAUAUAUUUAUAAAUGCAUUGUAGCUUAUUUUUUGUAAACAAUUCUUGUUUUUUACUAAGAUUUUUGUAUUGUUAUACUCAUAUUUAGUUCGAUAUAAAGAUAGAUACUUUUUAAAAUAUGUAGGAUAAUGAAAUCAAUUACUCAUUUAUUACCAACAAUAUUAUUUUAUUAUAUUUUAUAUGUUAAAGUAAAAUCUUGUAAGAAGUACAAGAUUUUGUUCUGCAUUCAGAACAAAACUAUUUAUGUAAGUGAAUAUAUUUAUUUUAGUGUAGAUUUACAAAUUUUUAAAAAAUCAAAUACUGUAUGUAAACAGGUCUACAGUUUUCAGACACGAUGAUUCCUUUCAUUUCAUUGAACAACAUUAAGUUUUGAAAUUCAUAAAAAAAUGUGUGCGUGUAUGUGAUCUUAAUUAAAUAUAAAAUAAAUAAUGAGGUGUACUGUUGUAUGUAGUUUUGUUUAGGAUUAUAUUUAUAAACUAUAUGAGGUACAUAUUGAAAGAAGACUGACAAAUUUUUAUAAUUUUCAUUAGCAGAUUUUCUAGGCAUUUGAAAACAUUUUUCUUUCUAGUUUGAUUCAAAUUUUAUUUAUUAUUUACACUUUAUUUAUAAUAGUUUGGAAUUAUUUCUAAAUAGACUUUAGUUAAUUAUGUUAAUUUCUUUUAAAUUAACAAUUUAUCCUACUAUUUUUUUAUUAUUUAAUAAUGCAUUGGUAAUACUUAAGAAAAAUUAAUGAUUUAUAAAUAAUUGUAAUAUUAAAAGUUAUUACUAGUAAUAUUGAAUGAGGUUCAGCCUUCACAAGUAUUUCAUUAUUUAAAAAAAACAAAGGUACAAAUUCACAAUUUAUGUAGUACAACUUCAUGCUUUCAGAGAAAUAAGAAUCUAUGAUGUUAAAUUGAAUCUUAUUAGAAGUAUCAAUAUAAUAUAUCAUGCCUUGGCGAUCUUGAAUACAUUUAUAUAUGUAUCUGUAUAUGUUAUACGUAUAUUCUAAUAUAGUGAGCUUGUUAUGUAUAUGUUAAAUAACUAUUUCAUGUUAAUACGUAUAUUUGUUAAUGUUUUAUCCAGUAAAAUCUGUGAUAAACAUGUAAAUCUACAGCAUAAAAUAUCCUAACAUCCAGCAUCUCUAACAUUCCUGCAUUCCUUACAUCCCUGCAUCCUGUACAUACAUUAUACAUCCCUACAUUCUCUUCAGCCCUACAUUCUUUUCAUCCCUACAUUCUUUUCAUCCCUACAUUCUUCUCACCCCUACCAUUAUUUAAGAAAUGCUGGGAUGGAAGGAAUGCAGGGAUGUAAGGGAUACUGAGAUGGCCUUAGCCUAUAAUGAGGGAUAAAAUUAUAUAAAUAACUGGAAAAAGUAAAAUAAGUGGGGUCCUCGGCUGAGACCCAGAAGAGGGAUAUAAUCAUAAAUGUUAUUCCCCUUCGAUGAGCUUAUUUAAUAAGCAAAAAAAAGAAAUGAAGUAAAUUAA